UGUGAAAAAGUUGUACCUUUUGAGAGAUAACUAUAGGUAAAUACCGGAGAACAAAAGAAAACUCGAUCAAUCUCACCGGCAGAACUCCCAUAUAUCGAUCCUUAUAAAUACCUUGCACGUACAUUCAUUAAUUUCCCAAGACAGUUGCCCCUCUUUCUCCGAUCCCUCUCUGUCUCUCAUAACACAAGGAAUUAAACAAGCAAGCUAGAAACAAGGCAAAAGAAACAAAGAUCAUGGUUGAAGCAGCAGAGCCAUCCCACAAGUGCCCGACAAUGCCAGAGGUGGUGGAAGAACUUCACAGAAUGUCAAAUAUUGGCUUCCCAAUUGCGGCCAUGAGUUUAGUGGGUUACCUCAAAAACAUGGUCCUAGUUGUAUGCAUGGGAAGGCUUGGAAGUCUUGAGCUAGCAGGUGGAGCUUUAGGCAUUGGCUUCACCAACAUCACUGGCUACUCAGUCCUCUCUGGCUUGGCCAUGGGUAUGGAGCCUCUAUGCAGCCAAGCUUUUGGUUCACAGAACUUCUCCAUAGCUUUCCACACUUUACAAAGAACCAUUCUCUUAUUGCUUCUCACUUCUCUUCCUAUUGGUUUGCUUUGGGCCAAUCUUGAACCUCUCAUGCUCCUCCUCCAUCAAAACCAAGAUAUAACAAAGAUUGCUAGCUUGUAUUGCCAAUUUGCCAUCCCGGAUCUUCUUGCCAAUAGCCUUCUUCAUCCCAUACGUAUUUUUUUACGUAGUCAAAGCACAACAUGGCCAUUGAUGUGGUCCACUUUACUAGCAACCAUUCUACACAUUCCUCUCACAAUCUUCUUAACCUUCAAUCUUUCCCUUGGGAUCAAAGGAAUAGCAAUUUCCACUUCUCUUACCAAUUUUAUCACUCUAUUUUUUCUUUUGGGCUAUGUGGUCUACGCCCAUGUCACAAAAAAAUCUAUUUAUUGUUUGGUAACGGACCAGUGUGAACCCACUACUAAGUAUGAAACACACAAUUAUUCUGACGAAUGGAGGAUCCUAAUUCGACUUGCUUUCCAAAGUUGCUUAGGAGUUUGCUUAGAAUGGUGGUGGUACGAGUUCAUGACAAUUCUAACUGGUUACCUUCAAAAACCUCACAUUGCCCUGGCAGCAUCAGCCAUAGUGAUACAAACCACAUCUCUCAUGUACACAUUACCAGCGGCACUAAGUGCAUCAGUGUCUACACGAGUAGGCAACGAGCUAGGGGCAGGCCAACCCAAAAAGGCACAUUUAGCGGCAGUGGUGGCCGUGGGGAUGGCACUAGUGAGCUCAUUGUUGGGCUUGUCAUUGACCACUCUAGGGAGAGGAGUAUGGGGGAGAAUCUUCACAAAUGAUAGUGAGGUUUUGGAGCUAACAAUGAGUGUGCUACCAAUUAUUGGACUAUGUGAGAUUGCUAAUUGUCCACAAACUACAAGUUGUGGGAUUUUGAGAGGAAGUGCUAGGCCAGGCAUUGGGGCAUGGAUUAACUUUUACUCAUUUUACAUGGUGGGUACGCCUGUGGCAAUAGUCUUGACGUUUGUGUGGAGGUUAGGGUUUAAAGGGCUUUGUUAUGGACUUCUAGCAGCUCAAAUUACAUGUGUGGUGUCCAUAUUAACAGUGGUUCAUAAGACAGAUUGGGAGAGAGAAUGUCUCAAGACGAAAGAGCUUGUAGGAAAGAAUAAUGACAGAAUGGCUGCAUUUGCACAUGCAGAUGAAACAGUCAAAUGUGAAGAGGGUGCUGCAAAUUAGAAGAUUUUGAAAAGUCCAAAAGAUUUCGUGGGAAAAAGUCUAUGCAUUUCACAUGCACACCAAACAGUUGGUUAAAUGUUAAAACUCAAAAGACUAGACAAGUAGAGUAUUCAAAAGUGCAAAGGAUUAUGGAAGUAUUUUGCAAGCUGAUUGAUCGAUAGAAGAACAAUCUCGUAAAUAGUUCCCAUUCUUCCAUGCAAUAUAUUAUUUGUAAUGUUUUUGCGGUUGUUGUCUAGCUAUUUCUAGGUGCUACUUGUUUAUAGCUUUUACAUGUAUGCUUCUUGUAAUAUAUAGUCAUACAAAUUAAUAUUAUAUAUCCUAUAAAUUUGAUCUUUAAUUA